AUGAAGACAUUCCUUGCUCCUCUUUCCGUCCUUUCGCUCGCUCUCGCUGGUCUGAGUAGCGCAGCCUCCCUUCCCACCAAGACCCUCGCCAAGCGCUCCGACUUCUGCGACCAGUGGGGAUCCGUCCAAACCGGCAGCUACAUUGUUUACAACAACCUCUGGGGUCAGAGCUCCGACACCUCUGGCACCCAGUGCACCGGUGUGGACUCGCUGAGCGGCUCCACCAUUGCCUGGCACACCAACUGGUCCUGGUCCGGUACUUCUAACCAGGUCAAGAGCUUCGCCAACAUUGCUCUGCAGUUCACUGCUAAGCAACUGAGCGCUGUUAGCAGCAUCAAGUCUGUCUUCAACUGGAGCUACUCCACCACCAACAUCGUCGCCGAUGUUGCCUACGAUCUUUUCCUCAGCUCCAGUGCCAACGGCUCUGAGGAGUACGAGAUCAUGAUCUGGCUCGCGGCUCUGGGUGGUGCCGGUCCCAUUUCCUCCACUGGCUCCGCCAUCGCGACUACCACCAUCAACGGUGUCAGCUGGAAGCUCUACAAGGGCCCCAACGGCAGCAUGACCGUCUACAGCUUCGUCGCUGAGUCUACUACCACCAGCUUUUCCGGUGACCUGAUGGAGUUCUUCAACUACCUCAUCAACAACCAAGGCCUGAGCAAGAGCCUGUACCUUAUUGAUGUCCAGGCCGGUACUGAGCCUUUCACUGGCACUGCUGACCUUAAGGUGUCCUCUUACUCCGCCACUGUCGCAUAA